CGCUACUUCUGCAAAAUUUAUCUUUCCAACAAAUAAAGAACUCCCCUUUCCGAUGGCAGCCACGACGACAAUUAAUCCAGAAAGCGCCGGCUUCAACCCGGCAACGAAGACCUUCCACAGCCUUCGACCGCCGAUUCACCUCCCGCAGGAAGACGCUCCCAUCUCCGUCGUCGACUACGUCCUAUCCAUCCGUUCUGCAUCCCGCUGGCCCGACUCCACGGCGGCCCUGAUCGACUCCGCCACCGGUCAACGAAUCCCUUACUCAGACCUCCUCAAACGGCACAAAUCCCUGUCGUAUUACCUUCAGCACGUCCUCAAGCUGUCCAGACACGACGUCGCUUUGGUAAUCUGCCCCAACUGCGUUCAAGUCCCGAUCCUCUACUUAUCCCUCCUCUCGAUUGGCGUCGUGGUCUCCCCGGGCAACCCGGUCAGCACCGGGUCGGAAUUCGCCCGGCUCGUCGAGCUGUCCGGCCCGACCAUCGCGUUCGCCACGUCAUCCACGGCCUACAAGCUCCCGAAGCUGAGGCUCGGGACGAUUCUCGUCGACUCGCCCGAGUUCGAGUCGAUGAUGACGCAUACUUUCGAUUUGGAUCUGAAUCUCGGCCUCGGUCCCACCCAGCCGAGUCAAUCCGACGUGGCGGCGAUUCUGUACUCAUCGGGGACCACCGGGAGGAUCAAGGGGGUGAUGCUGACGCAUCGAAACCUAAUCGGGGUCGUCGCCUUGUGCCGUUCGUCGGCGGUGGCGGCGGGAGAGAGGGCUUCUCCGGCCGUUUUGCUCUACACGGUGCCGCUUUUCCACGUGUUCGGGUUCAUCUACUCGCUGAAGUCGGUCGCGCUGAUGGAGACGGUGGUGAUGAUGCCGAGAUUCGGUCUGGACGGGAUGCUGAAGGCGGUGGAGGAGUUCGGCGUCACCGAUGUGGCGAUGGCGCCGCCGGUUGUUGUGGCGAUGGUGAAACCAGGCUCCUCGGAGCGGUAUGACUUGAGUUCGCUGAAGAGCUUGGUCGUCGGCGCAGCUCCGCUGGGGAAGGACGUCAUCGCCGCGUUCAAGGCCAAGUUCCCUGCGGUGGAGUUGGCCCAGGGGUAUGGUUUGACUGAGUUGACAGGGCCAGUCUCUCGAGUGCUUGGUCCUAAAGAAUCUAAAAAAUGGGGCUCUGUUGGGAGGCUUUACGGGCUUUUGGAAGCGAGAAUUGUUGAUCCCGAAACACAAGAAUUUCUGCCUCCUGGAAAACAAGGAGAGCUUUGGGUCAAAGGGCCAACAACAUUUAAAGGUUAUGUGGGUGAUCCUGAAGGGACCAUCGAUAACAUGGUUAUCAAUGAGUGGUUGAGGACCGGCGAUCUUUGUUAUUUUGACGAUCAAGGUUUCCUUUAUGUUCUGGAUCGACUCAAGGAGUUGAUUAAAUAUAAUGGAUACCAGGUUGCCCCUGCAGAGCUUGAGCAAUUGUUGCAGUCCCAUCCAUGCGUAGCCGAUGCAGCAGUCAUUCCGUAACCCUCUAUCUUCUCAUCCAUGCACAUAAUCGUACCCCGAUGAGGAGGCGGGGCAACUGCCAUUUGCAUGUGUGGUGAGGCGACCAGGGUGUAUCCUCGAUGAAAGAUCAGUAAUGGAGUUCGUCGCGAAACAGGUUGCACCAUACAAAAAGAUAAGGCGAGUUGCGUUUGUGAACUCCAUACCCAAAAGUCCGGCUGGGAAGAUACUGAGGAAGGACUUGAGGAAGAUGGUUUUGGCGCCAUUGCUAACAACUUCGUCGUCUAAAUUGUAGUCUCAUGAUUUCCAAAACUUUGUUGUUUAGAAAAGUGCUCAAUAAUUCAUCAUAAAGUUGAUGCCAAGAGCUGCAUAAUAUUGAUAUAAUCUAGUAGUUUAUACGAAUAGCAAAGUGCAUUGCCAACAUGUUCAUCCACUUGAUAAGUGGAGGUUCGAUUAGUGUCUUUACCUCGUAAUUACAAAAUAAGACUGUAUGACUGUGAGAG